AUGGAUAAGAGCUGGAUGAUGGAACAUAGGUUCUGUAACAAAUAUAUAGUGGGAGUUCGUUCAUUUAUGAAGUUUGUCCGUGAUAGUUUGGGAGGCGAGUGUAAAAUUCGAUGUCCUUGUCGAGAAUGUUUGAAUGUAUACACCUUAAGUCAAGAAGAAGUUGAGGACCAUUUGAUGUUGAUCGGAAUUAGUAUUAGCUACACUAAGUGGGUUUAUCACGGUGAACCGUCUAAUUCCUCUAACAAUAAUAGUCAUGGCUAUGAGAAUGAUAAUCAGACUAAUGAAAAUUGGGAUAAUGAAAUGGAAAAUGAUGAUGGGUUGCUUGAUAUGUUAGAAGAUUUGCAAAAUGGAGUAGCCAUGGAUGAUGGCACAAUAAGAGAAACUAAUAGGGUAGCUGAGAACAUAGAUGAGAUUAGUGCACUACUUGGAAAAGUUAUCGAUGAACUUUAUCCUGGUUGUUUGAAUUUCUCUACGUUAUCUUUCAUUGUCAAGCUUUUGCAUGUUAAGGUGUAUAAUCGUUGGAGUAAUAAAUCAUUUGAUAUGCUAUUGGGAUUGUUGAAGAAGGCAUUUCCUGAGGGUAAUAAAGUUCCAAAUUCUUAUUACGAGGCAAUUAACAUGCUUCGUGACUUGGGUCUUGGUUAUGAGCCAAUCCAUGUUUGUAAAUAUGAUUGUUCCAUAUUUUGGAAAGAGUAUAAGGACUACCAAAGUUGUCCAGUUUGUGGCACAUCUAGGUGGAAAAUUAAUAAAGGUCGUCAUUACAAGCAAAUCCCUUGGAAAGUCUUGCGUUACUUUCCACUAAAACCAAGACUUCAACGACUAUACAUGUCUAGAAAAACAGCUGAGGAUAUGAGGUGGCACAAAGAGAAACGGGUUGAUGAUGGAGUGUUGAGACACCCAGCAGAUGGUAAUGCAUGGAAGGAUUUUGAUAAAGAAUAUGAGUGGUUUGGAAAUGAAACCCGAAAUGUUCGACUUGGUUUAGCAACGGAUGGGUUCAACCCUUUCGGUAACAUGAGUACUUCUUAUAGCAUGUGGCCUGUGAUUGUUGUUCCAUACAAUUUGCCCCCUUGGAAGUGCAUGAAAGAGCCAUUUUUAUUCCUCUCAUUGCUUAUACCUGGACGAAAAACACCAGGGAAAGACAUAGAUGUGUUCUUGCGACCCUUAAUAGAUGAGUUAAAGGAGUUAUGGGAUACUGGCAUGCAGACAUGGGAUGCAGUUACAAAACAAAAUUUCAAUCUACAUGCAGUUGCUCUCUGGACAAUAAAUGACUUCCCUGCCUAUGGUGAUAUUUCUGGUUGGAGCACGAAAGGGUAUUUGGCAUGCCCUGUUUGUAACAAGGACACUUCAUCACGAAGGUUAAGGAGUAAAAUCUGCUACAUGGACCAUCGACGCUUUCUUCCUCAUGACCACAUUUGGCGUCAAAGUAGGAAAUUUGAUGGGAAGCCUGAAAGAAGAGAAAAGCCUCACCAAUUUUCUGGUAGUGAGUUGUUACAACAGUUAGAAGUGUUGUCAGAUUGCAAGUUCGGAAAGCAUCCAAAUAACAAGAAAAGAAAGCGUACUCCUGAAGAAUUGAAUUGGACUAGAAAGCCUAUUUUAUUUGAGUUACCUUACUGGUCAAAACUAAAGUUAAGACACAAUCUCGAUGUUAUGCACAUUGAGAAAAAUAUUUGUGACAAUAUAGUAGGUACUUUGUUGAAUAUCGAGGGAAAGACCAAAGACACAUUUAAGGCAAGGUUAGAUUUGCAAGAUUUGAAAAUCAGAAAGGAGUUACACUUGCAAAAAUGCCCUGAUGGGUCUUUUAUGAUGCCUCCAGCAUCUUACACGUUAUCAAAGGAGGAGAGGAAUGAAUUUUGUGAAUUUCUACAAUCUGUGAAGUUCCCAGACGGGUAUGCAUCCAAUAUCUCAAGGACAUUGGGUCGUUAUAAGGGGUUUGUACGUAACAGAGCUCAUCCGGAAGGAUCAAUUGCAGAAGCAUACAUUUCAACUGAAUGUUUAACAUUUUGCUCAAUGUAUUUGGCCGGGAUUGAAACUAGGUUUAACCGAGAAGAAAGGAAUGAUGACAAAGGUAAGGAAGAUGAUAUAGAUGGAAUGUUAGUCUUCUCCCGUAAUGUGCGCCCAUUUGGAGCUUCAAAAUAUGAUACAUUGACACCUGAAGAAUUUGAAAAGGUGCAAUGUCAGCAUAAAGAUAUGUUGAAACAACAAAGAAAUACACUUUUAGAAGAAAAACAUCGACAGCAAUUUCCAAAGUGGUUUAAAGAAAAAAUGACAUCUUUGCGAAGUCAAGAUCAAUCUAAAUUAACUGAGCAAAUGUAUGCUCUUGCUUGUGGGCCUGAUAAUCGAGUGAGACGGUAUAGUGGGUGCAUUGUUAAUGGUGUAAGAUUCCACACAAAAGAGCAUGAAACUAAUCUCAGAAGCCAAAAUAGUGGUGUGGUUGUUGGAGGGAUGCAUGAAGAUGAAGACAUUGACUUUUAUGGUGUUGUAACAGACAUCAUUGAGUUAAACUACAUCAAAGAUAAUCGAGCCAUAUUAUUCAAGUGUGAUUGGUUUGAUCUUGACAAGAAGAAGAAAGGAAUCCAUCACGAUGGACGGUUAACAAGCAUCAAUGUUAGCAAGUAUUGGUAUAAAGAUGACCCUUUUGUGAUGGCAUUGCAAGCAAAACAAGUUUUCUACUUGGUUGACUUAAAAUUAGGAAAAGAUUGGAGAGUGCCCCAGAAUUUUAGCCACAGACACAUAUAUGAUGUUCCUGAGAUGUCAAGUAGUGCAAUUGAGACAGAAGAACUGGCUAAUGUUGAGAAUGAGAUCAUUUACCAAGACAUUGAAAUAUCUGAGAACAGUAGACAUGUUCAAUUAGAGGAAGAGGAAAACAGACCACUAAUAAGGAAUGACGUAAUCCCAGACAUUGUUAAUGCUGAUAUCUUAGAGACAAGUAUAGGAGCAAGACAUGAUGUAGACGAUUUUCUUGAUUAUGGUGUGGAAGAUGAAGAGAUGGACGCUUUUUCUCAAGCAAAUGAAGAGACUGAUUUUACUUCGACUAAUAGUGAUUCAGAUCCAAUGGAGUAA